AUGGAGAUAUCCGAUGUUAAGGCACCAAAUCACGACAAGUCGGAGUGCGUACGCGUGGCCGUGAACAUCCGGCCGCUCAUAGAGCCCGAGUUGAUCGUUGGAUGCACUGAUUGCAUCACCGUGGUUCCAGGGGAACCCCAGGUAGUCUUUUCACAUCUUUUGUCUUCGUUCUUUCUAUUCGCCGAACAUUUUCUCAGCAUUUCUUAGAUUCGGUCCAGACGCCGUCCCUUGCUAAUUUUUGCAACGGUGUCACAGGUGCAAAUUGGUGCCCACAAUUUCACGUAUGAUUACGUGUAUCGAGGUUCAGGCUCUUCCUGUUCUGCAUUAUACGAUGACUGCGUAUCUCCCCUCGUUGAUGCAGUAUUCCACGGUUAUAAUGCCACGGUGCUUGCGUACGGGCAGGUAUAGAGCUUAUUGAUCUUCUUAUGGAUUAGGAUAAAAUCGAGUAUAUCACUUACUGAGUUUCAAUUGUUUGUAUAGACUGGCUCGGGGAAGACCUAUACCAUGGGCACCAAUUACACGGCCGACACCAGUAGUGGUGGCAUCAUCCCAAAAGUCAUGGAAAGCAUAUUCACGAAAGUGUAUGAAAUGAGGGACAACGCAGAGUUUCUGAUUAGAGUUUCGUUCAUUGAGGUUGGUUUUUGGUUCAGACCGCUCCUUCUUUUAUCAUGUUACGCAACCCUUCGCUGUGUUACCGUUAUUUCAGACUUGAGUUGGCUGAUAAUAGGAUCACUUCAGGUGUUUUGUUUUCUUCAAAAAGCUACUGAUAUUUUUUUUACGUCACUUUUAUUUCGAUAUUCUGCCGCAUUCAGCAAAAUAUUAUUGAUUGGGGAUGUUGCAUUUCGUUCUACUUGGACAGUAACUAUCAUUGUUAUGACUAUACAGAUUUUCAAGGAAGAAGUAUUUGAUUUGCUAGACGCAAAUCCUCAUGCUUUGAGAUGUGAGGGAAACAAUUUAUCCAAACAGACAGCAACCCCUAGAGUUCCCAUUCAAAUUAGAGAAACUGCAAGUGGAGGAAUAACUCUUGCUGGUGUUACUGAAGCAGAAGUGAAUUCUAAAGAAGAGAUGGCAUCAUACUUGACCCGUGGUUCCAUAGCACGUGCUACUGGGAGUACAAACAUGAAUAGCCAAUCAAGGUUUUUCUUUCUUCUUUAGCAUUGGUAUUCUGCUAUACUACAGAGUUUUCGGUAAUCAUCUGAUUUUUUUUAAUGAUAAUCUAGGUUUCUCUUAUCACCUGGUGUUAAGAUAUGCUAGUCUGCUCGUCAUCAAUUGUAUUAAUUUAUAGCUAAAAUAUCUCAUUUGAUUGACCUUAUGUAGGCUUUUAAUUUUAGCUUUUCAUCAUUAAAAUGGAUGUAUGAUUACAGUGACUCUCCUAAAUCGGUGAUCUUCCAAGUAAUGUAAAUUAUGAGUAUUUGGAAGAAGAGGUGAACGAAGAAAGAGCGUAUGUAUCACUCCCAACACGAGAACUACGUCCGCUUGCCUCUACAAGACUCCACUAUUGAUUUUAAUAAGUUAAAAAGUGUCACUGUACUGAUAGCUGGCCUAAAGUGCUCUUUUAUAUCAUAGCGAUUUUCCUGGAGUUUGAUGGGAAAUAAUACCCAAAAAGUCCUUGAAUACAUUUACAAAAAUAUGAUAAAUUUUGGCAGGAAGGCUUUGUCCCUGCAACCACCAACAGGGGGCUUACGGUAGUAACUCUGUAUGAAGGCAAUUUUUAGGUGCUUUAACAUUCUAUUUUUCUCUCUUCCUGGUUGAAUGCACAUGAUCCCACUCUUCCUGUUUGCCUUUUGUCUUCUCUUCUAUAUUUUGUCUCGCUUUUUCCAUUCUUGUCUGAUCUAAUAUUUGGUUUCUACUUUUUUCUGUGUAGUCGCUCUCACGCCAUCUUCACCAUAAACAUGGAGAUGAAACGGCGUGCUAGAUAUUCCAGCACUGGACUCACUGAUAGUGAGGCUUGUGACGACAUUGUUUUCUCUAAAUUUCAUCUAGUGGAUCUUGCUGGUUCCGAGCGUGCCAAGCGUACUGGAGCCGAUGGCAUAAGGUUGAAAGAAGGUAAUGUAUCUUUACAAGUUCUUUUAAGGACUUCAGUCUGAAAUUUACUUUUUACUAUCGUCUAAGAGGACAGUAAUUAUAAUUGUGCUGUUUACACAGGUAUUCAUAUAAACCGGGGCUUGCUAGCUCUCGGUAAUGUGAUAAGUGCCUUAGGAGAUGAGAAGAAACGAAAAGAAGGAGGACAUGUUCCCUAUCGUGACAGCAAACUAACUCGAUUACUGCAAGUAAUCCCCUGCACACUCUAUCUAAAAAGUUUUCCAAUUUGUUAAUGUUUAAACUAGUUCAGUUUGAAUGAAUGCCCCUAAGAAUUUUUCUCUAAACCUUAAAUUUCUCAGUUACUUGUAUCACUGACAAUUUCAUUACGCUUGUUUGGAGUAGUAUUCAGAGUAAUCAUCUUUUUUGGCAGCAAUUCAUGGGAAAUAGACAGAGAAACUCGUGCAAACGUGAGAAUAGAAAGUUUAUCCGUUAUCUAUUUUUAGAAUUUUUAAGCCUUUUUCCUAUGGUGCAGUUUCCUCGUUUUCCUAUGCUGUAUAGAUUUGUGGUAGUUUUCAGUUGGCCUUGUAUGAUAAUGCUAAGAUUGUAAAAUCUGGUUUAGUUUCUCUUAUUGGUCAUAUAAAUCAAUUAGUGACUUGGGACAGAGGCUUUAAAAAGAUUGUUGUAAUUUAUACGUGAUUUGCUUUAUGAUCAGUUACCCCUUUUCUCAAAGCAAUUAUAGUGCCACGUCCCUCUCGUCAAUUAUGUCUCUUUUCAUGUGCUUCAGUUUUGGCUGCAUUAUUCAAACCAGAUUUUGCCCUCCAUUCCAGUGAGUAGUUAUGGUGCUCGACUCUUGCUAGAGUGGACAAGAUAUCUUCCGUUUAUCAUGCUGUUUAAAUUUAAGAAAAAGUAAAGAUCUGUGUUUGAUCUCUUGCUUAAUAUUUUCCAGUGUCGUUUCCUGUAGCAUACUCACCUCCUUUGAGAGUUAUGUUUAUAGAUUACCUACCUGAAAAUAUGAUCUAAUUUGACAUCGUGCUUUAAUAACUCCUUUUACAUGUUUAUUAUGCAUAUUUUUUUUCGUUUUAUAUUACAAUGUCUUUGCUAGCCAUGAUAUAAUUUGUUUUCAACUUAUCUUCUUGCUAUGCUAAUGUUGUUAUUGAAGGGAUUAAAUCUUUAUGCUCUUGAAUCUUGAUUUCGCAGGACUCCUUGGGUGGGAACAGCAAGACUGUGAUGAUUGGUAAGUUCUUUUGCGAAUUUAUUUCAUAGGUUUUUGUAUGUUAGACCUUUUAUUCACAAAGGUCAUGAUGCAGCAUGUGUGAGUCCCGCGGACACUAAUGCUGAAGAAACCAUAAACACUCUUAAAUAUGCGAAUCGUGCUCGCAACAUUCAGAAUAAAGCAGUGGUUAGUUUUCACGAAUUUUUCCUUCCAUUCUUCUUUGUGCUAUAUCAUUGGUACACAUGUUUUUUUUUUCUUGAUAAAUUCAUUAAUCUAAACACAAUUUCAGGUGAAUCAUGACCCAGUAGCUGCUCAAAUGCAGAAGAUGCGAAGUGAAGUUGAGCAUUUGCAGUCAGAGCUGCUCUUUUGGCGUAAUGGGGGGGUACCCUCGGAGGAACUGCAGGUUUUGAACAUUUUUGCUAACAUCUGAUAAAGAAAAAGGUUUCUAGGUGGCUUUUUUUUUGUUUAUUCAUGACAGUUCUUCAUGCCAUAGGUUCUUCGUCACAGAAUCUCUUUGCUAGAGGCAAGUAAUGUUGAGCUGCAUCGACAAUUGAAAGAGCGCCAGAUGUCCUGUGAACGUCUUGCACAACAUGCCCUUGAUGCUCAGGUAAUAUUUAUUGCUUCAAUCGGUUUAUCUGGAUUGAAAAUUUUUGGGCGUUAUUAAUGUUCAUAAGACUGCAGGUUGAACGAGAUGGGUUGAUUUUGAAAAUCGAGUCAUCUCGCAGUGGGAAGCCAUGGAAUGAGAUAGACAGCUCUGAUCAGAUGCAGGUUUUUGUUGUCCUUCAUUGUCUAACUUGUGCAGUUAAAAACUGGUGUCACACCUUUCUGACUGUUUGAAAACAUCUUUAUAAUAUUUACGAAUGCCUUUGUAGGAAGUUGAUCUUGUGAGAAAUUAUGUAUCAAAGAUUCAGGAUUUGGAGGCAGAAUUACUGCGCUUGCAAAAUUUCUCAAGCUCUGGGCGUAAUGAUUUCAUAGAUGUUCUUGACCUAGAUGAUGAUGAUGAUCUUAGCUCAAAGGAUGCCAUUCGUGAUUUAUCAUGCACUUCUGAUGGAAAGUCUGCCAAUCUGCCUGGUGAGCAUUUGGAAAAUCUAUGCCAUGUGUCUAUUUUCAAUAAUUUUGCAGAGGCUUUUUAUCUAUUACUUCAUCAUUUGCAACUUAUAGCUGAUGUUGAAUAGUCAAUGUCCUGUACAGGUGAUAUUGAGAGUGAUGAGAAGGAACAAGAGCAUUCAACCAUGCAAGAAAGAUUUGAUAAGGAACUUAAAGAACUGGAAAGCCAGCUUGAGCUGAAGGAGGUAUUUGGUUUCAUUCCUCUCAUCAGACAUAAAUUCGUGCAUGUUUCAACAUUUAUGUUUUGGAAGCCCAUUUCAACAUUGCCUGUUGUAAAAUAAACCUUCUUUCCACUUUCUCCCUCCCAAUUUUUGUGGUGCCUGCGUGUGUGUGUGUGUUUAGAUUAACAAUAUCCUUAUCAUGAAGAUAAUGUUAGUUCGAUUAUAAACUCUAAGUUGUGAUAUUGAAGGCGGAAAUGAAGAGAUUUUCAAAAGCUGAUACGUCAGUGCUAAAGCAGCACUAUGAGAAAAAGAUAUGGGAACUGGAGCAUGAAAAGAAAGUCCUACAGGUAAACUUUCCUCUUCUUGGAGUGGAUUUCGCAAAUCUUGUACAAAAUUCAUCUAUUUAGCUUCUUUGCAGAAAGAAAUUGAGGAUCUUCACUCCAAUAUUGUCAACAUAUCGUCUGCCUCUGGAGAUGGUGCACAGAAAUUAAAGGAAGAAUAUCUUCAGAAGUUGAACACUCUUGAAUCACAGGUCUGUCGAGAGUUUUCAAUGCAAUUGUCCGUAUUAGAAUUUAUCUAUCUGAAACUCUCACUCUUUUUGGAUAGGUGUCAGAAUUGAAAAAGAAGCAGGAUGCACAGUCUCAGCUUUUGCGGCAGAAACAGAAAAGUGAUGAAGCAGCUAAAAGGUUGCAGGAAGAAAUUCAAAGGAUCAAGGCUCAGAAGGUAUUUCCUAUUUUGUGGGCCAUCAAAUUUGUCAUGAAGUUUAAUCUGCUGUUUCUCGUCACUUAUUAUGUCAAGUGCUUGUCCAGGUUAAUCUUCAGCAUAAGAUCAAACAAGAGUCAGAACACUUUAGGUCAUGGAAGGCUUCUAGAGAAAAGGAGGUUCUCCAGGUACACAUGUUUCCUAUGCUGAGGAUACCUGCAUAUCUACAAAUAAUUGUAUGCAUAUCUAUCGUACUACAUUUGUUUCCGAGAAGAUACCUGCAGCUGAUUAUUGUUAAUGAAGCUUAUGACCAAAGAAGAAAAUGAAAUCCCUGUUCCGAAGGUAAUCAUGCCACGCCUUGAUAAUAUUGGUAGGUUGCAUCUACUGCUAUUCUCAUGGGUUUAUGACUCAUGACACAUAUUAGUCACUCAUAAUUUAACUGUUGGUGCAUAAACAUGGUUGUGCAAGAAAGGUGCUAACACAGAUGCCAUCUGGGUAUUGUCCACAGAAUUCAAUAUCUACCUUAACAGAUUCCUUAUUUUAAAAUAUUUUUCAACUUUAUGGAUUCCAUUUUCAGGGUGACUUUCAAUUCGCGUUGCAAUCCUCCAUUCUGGAUUCGUUCUAAAUAUAUGUUCUUUUCGGCUUUUUUUUUUUUUUUUUUUUACUUGAGUAUCCUUUUGUAUUUAGCUUAAGAAGGAGGGCCGGAGGAAUGAAUACGAGAUGCACAAAUUAUUGGCUCUAAACCAGAGGCAGAAAAUGGUCAGUUGGUUAAAGCGUGCCGUUGCAAUAUGGUAUAUAGCAUUUGACCUUCAUUAACCGUUUACCUUUUCUAAUUGAAGGUCUUGCAACGCAAGACAGAAGAAGCUUCUCUAGCUACGAAAAGGCUUAAAGAGCUCCUGGAAGCGAAGAAGAUUUCUUCCCGCGAAAAUUCUGGUACUAAUAUCAACGGUUUCCAUGAGAACCUCUAUACUAUUUUAUGUGCACUUGACCGUUUAAUUCUAUUUUCGUUUGUUCUUUCAGUGAAUGGGGUGGCCACUGGACAACAAACCCAGGUGACUAGCUGCCAAAUUUUUCGUUCAAUUGUGUUAUUGGCUUUUGUGUCAUCUAGAAGUUCUGAAUGGUCUCUUGUUAUAAUAGGCUCUGAUGCAAUCAAUCGAACAUGAACUUGAGGUUAUUCUACAAGUUCAUGAAGUUCGAUCAAAGUAUGAGAAGCAGCUGGAAGCGUAAAUACUUCAUCUUUGCACCCAUAAUAUUUUCGGGGUUUCGUUAUAUGUUAUGUAUGAGCAUCAUCCUUUGCGCACUCAUACAGCAGCUAAAGUUACCUUACGUUUGUGUGCAAGUUUUAUGAAUUAUCUUAGUUCUCCUCCCUUUCAUUGACAUGGACUUCAUUCUCCUUUUCGGCUUGCAAAAGGUUUGUAUUUUGAUAAUCUGUAUGUGUUGAACAGUUUCUUUUGUUAUCAUUUUGCAGAUAUAAAAAAUGUUCAAUUAAUCACCAUUGGCCAACAAGAAAACCGAAACUUUCUCCCUUCUAUCAAAUUCCACCAUCCAAAAUUGUUUUGUGGGACAAAAUUCCGUUCUGUCUCUAACAAUCGAUGAAUUCAUUUGUCUUUAAUCCUUGGGGGCCCCUCGCAGGCUUGCUUACAAGGGAACACACCCCCAUGGAAGUAGGUUCCAUCAACGUAUUCUUUUGAAGUUUCAGGAUUCAGCUUUCGUGAGGAUAGAUUAUCACCUUUCGGGUUCAAGUUCUUAGCUUUGAUGUUGAAAUAAAUUUAAACUGGCUAACUAAUCUUCCAAAUAUUUAAUCAUAUUAAUAAAUGGAUGGAUUAUUUUCAUUUUCUUGAAUUGCCUUUCUGCGAAGUUAAAUUGUCUUUCUAAGUUGUUUUUCUGUUCUUCCAUGUUUUCAAAAGCUUCGGAUUUUUUUUCUUUUCUUUUUUUUUGCUUCCCCCUUGCUUAUCCAGGGUGUGCAUGCAGGAGAACUGCCGUGGCUAAUGAACUGAUGAAGCUGAAGGAUGAGGCCGAAAAGGCUAAAAAGAAGAGCACAAGGUUUGUGCUUGUUGAUCGCCGUUUUCUCAUGGAAUGUUGUUCUCUCAUUUCAUUAAUUCGUUCGAUACCGCUGCUCCUACUGUGCAGCGGUUGUACUCAGGGAAUGUCCCCAAGCGCCAGAAACUCGAGGAUCUCCGCGCUGGAGAACAUGCUUGCCACCUCAUCCAGCACCCUCGUCUCCAUGGCCUCGCAUCUGUCGGAAGCAGAGGAGCGUGAGCGUCUGUGCAGCGGCAAAACCCGCUGGAGCCAAGUCCGAUCGCUUGCUGAUGCAAAAACCUUGCUCAACUAUCUGUUCAGCAUAGCGUCCGCAUCGAAGUGAGCUUUACCCAUACCAGUUCACAUUUCCUUCCCUUUUUUCCGCAUCGAAGUAUGCUUUUGAGAAAGACGCUGAUCUCACCUUCUUCUACAUCCUUUUAUUUCUCCAGAUGUGAGGUCCAAGAUAAAUAUGCCGCAUGCCUCGAAAAGGAUUCGCUCGUCAACGAGCUCAAGGAGAAGGUCGUCAGGGUGACCAAUUUGCUGAGACAAUCAGAAGCCCAGAGGGUCGAACUGGAGCACAAAACACGGGUGAGUCACCUCGACCGUUCACGUCAGGAGCGCCAUGGUUUCUUUCGGAUAAUGGCCCGCCCUCCGCUUUCAUUUUAUCUUCUGUUAAAUCGAUUGCGAUGCCUCUGAACACCGUUCUUGUACAGACGUGGGAGAAGUGCGCCAGAGACGCAGCAGCAGCCGGGAGCUUCGGAUCCCACGCAGCAUUAAACUCGGGGGAGGAUGGGCACGCCUACGCUCUGCGCUUGGUAUUCUUCCUUCACUUCCAACAGUUUUCUGUUGCAAACGCGAAAAGACUCAUUUCUUCCUGUCCUGCCUGCCUGCGCCUCUCUCCUAACUGUUUUUCCUCGACCUCUUUCAUCAGGCCCCAAGAAAAUCGCAGAGCGCGUAUCUGAUGGACAUGGAUACCUCUGACUCCGAAGACUCGGACUCGGGCCGGCCAAAGAAGAUGCAAACGGAGGACAAGGACUGGGUAGAGUCCAACAAGAAGAGGGCGAAGCCAAGGUCCGGGCCGAAGGGGGCCCGCCGCCACUCAGGAAGGUCCUCCCCCGACGAAGCUCCGGAGCAGCUGGAAGCCGUCAUCCAGUCGGUGUCGACCGCGGGAGAAAGAGCGCCGGCGGCUCAGCCGGAGGAGCCCAGCCCCGUUUCCGACCUCCCCUGCUGCUCCUGCUCCAGGAGCUCCUCCUGUAAGACCCAGAAGUGCGAAUGCCGGGCUCACGGGAGCUCCUGCGGCCUGUCCUGUGGCUGCGUGGCAUCGAAAUGCACCAACAGAGGAAGAGAGGGCGACGUCGGGGUGGACGACGUAGGGUCCUUGCUCGAGGCGGAGGUCGCCGAGAGAGAGGCGUCCGUCACUGACAGAGGCAGGGAGCUGGCUUCGCAGGGGGCCAUGCUCCUCCAGGGCGCCUUCAGCGCCGCUUGUCCUCCCAGAGACGAAGACGGCGGCCAGCGGAGGAAGCCCCUGUCCGACAUCGGCAAUACCGUGGUAAACCUCAGACGGUCCUUCCUCCUUUUUGUAUCUUUUUUGAUAUCUCGCCGGGGUAUACCACAACACUGCGGUAAGCAGCCUGUGCUGACGGAGCAGUCGGUCCUCGCGCAGGUGAAUACUGCUGCUGCAGGGGGGGUGUCCAAGGCGAGACGCCGGAAGAACUGGCGCAAAUCGGUGAUCCAGCUCGUCCCUGCCGCGGUGCCGCCUGCCCCGUCCCAGUCCCAGCCCGACCCCGAAGUUAGCAGCAGCCGUAGUAGGGAGGAGGCAGUGGCCCCCCCGAAAUUAGCGAGAGACGACGUCGUGGUCCUCAGGCUGCCCCGCGCCAUGGGAUCUCAGCAGCCGCCUCCGGGCAGCAGCAGCAGCAGCAGCCAGCCGCUGGGCGAGAGGAACGCCACCCGGCCGGAUCAGCAGCAGCCCCCCACCGAGGGCAAGGACAAUGGCAAGGCCAAGGAGCGGAUCAGCGCCCUCCCCCCAAGGAGCCCCACGGAUGA